AUGCCUUCAACCGAGUCAGGGGAUCAAUAUUCUGUUUGGGUGGGGUUAGUCUAUAUUUUUAAUUUGAUUGUUGGUACUGGAGCACUCACAUUACCAGCAGCAUUUGCUAAAGCGGGAUGGGGUCUCAGUACUGUGUCACUGGUGUUCUUAGCUUUUAUGAGCUUCAUGAAUGCUACUUAUGUCAUUGAAACAAUGGCAUGUGCUAAUGCAGUGUAUAAAUGGAAGAGAUUACAGACUAUCAAAAGGGAGAGUAUCCAAGACCAUGACUCUGAUGAUGAAGCUACUCAGCAUGCAUAUGGGGAUCUCGAAGAGCCCCUGGUCUGCGGAGACUCCAUACCAUCACGGUACUACAGUCUCGACCGACGUGUAGAACUCGGAGAGAUGGCAAAUCUGUUUUUCAAUAAGACCGGGAGGAUUUUAUUUUUUUGUACACUAUGUGUGUAUCUGUAUGGUGAUUUAUCUAUAUAUGCUGCAGCUGUGGCCAAGUCGAUUAUGGAUGUUAUAUGUGCUACAGUGCCAUCGAAUUCUUCGGACCCCGCUGAUUGGCAACAGCUGCCAUGUUUCAACACGACAGCGGCAUCUGUACACGUGUAUACCCGCAUCGAGGUGUACCGUGUGGCACUUUUGACCUUCGUGGGCAUCAUGGGGCCGUUUGUAUUUUUCAACGUGCAAAAGACCAAGUAUCUACAAUUGUUCACGUCUGGCAUGAGAUGGCUUGCGUUUGCAAUAAUGAUCUCUAUGGCACUUCGUUUGCUCUGCGUUCGCGGGCCUGCUGGACAUCCGGGCGCGUUCUCAUUUUCUGGAUUGCCGCAGUUAUUCGGCGCGUGCGUCUACUCAUUUAUGUGUCAUCACUCUUUACCUGGCCUCGUCAGUCCCAUCCGUGGCAAGAACCACCUAGGUCUCCACUUCGCGCUCGACUACUGUCUGAUCACUGCCUUCUAUCUCCUUCUAGCAUUCUCCGGCGCGUUUGCGUUCGCCCAUCUUAACGACCUCUAUACUCUAAACUUUGUACCCACAGACAAUGAAAACAUAUUUCUAGAAAUAGUCGAAUACUUCCUCGCUCUCUUCCCAGUCUUCACCCUUUCCACGAGCUUCCCUAUAAUAGCUAUAACCCUUAGAAACAACUUGCAGAGUCUCUUUUUAGACACAUCUCGUUUAGAAUCUUACAAUUUUUUACUUAGAAAACUAUUGUUUCCAAUAAUCACAGUUAUUCCACCACUGUUGUUAACGUACUUCUUGGAAGAUAUAAGCGUUCUGAUCGAGUUUACCGGCUCUUACGCUGGAACAGGUAUUCAGUAUCUGAUACCCACUUUCCUAGUGAUGACCGCUAGGCGGCAUUGCUUCAAUCUUUUGGGUUUAGGCGUUGUUAAUAAGUAUAAGAGUCCUUUUUCGAAUGUCGCUUGGGCUUUGUUCGUUUUAUUGUGGUCAUUUGUGUGCCUAGUGUUAGUAUCUGUAAAUAUGUUUGAAAAGAAAUCAUGA